CCUGGGACGCCGUAGAUGUUGCCGUGCAGGGGGUUUCUGGGAAUUGUAGUCGGGGAGGGGAGGUGGCAGCCGCCUCGACUGGGAUCCGCGGGGCCUUCUGGGAGAGAGGCUCCUGGAACCACAACUCCCAGCGUGCAGCGCGCGCAGGCGCCUGGUGGUGGAAGGAGCCGAGGUGGGGGAGAAAGUGAGGGCAUGAACAGAUGCACCGCAGACACCCACCAGUCUGAAGAGCAAGGUAUCUUCCUUCCUCCAGCUGUCAAAUCCGUACCUAUCUCGGUGCUGAAGCAGAAUGGGCUCCUGCAGGCUCUGGCAGAGGGACCCAAUGGGCGCACAGAAGCUGAUCCUAGCGCAGAGGUGCUGCAAGCCCAGGAAGAAUGGGAGGCCGUGGAAAGUCUCCAGUCAGGGCUCGUGGGGACGUCUGCAGGUCAUGUGCCCCUGAUUGCCUUCAAUGAAGCACUGCAGUAUUUCCAGACAGCUGACCUGUCAGAGUGCAGGAAAAAGAUCCAGCCAACAGUGCAAAGGCGAGGACUGUCUGCCAUGGCUCACUUCUUCUUCGGCCCCCCGCGGCUCCAUCAGCAGCUGCAAGGCGAGCGGGAUCUGGCCCUGGCGAUAGCCCAGUGUGGCUUGGAUAAUAAUGAGAAAGUGCACAUGAGGAUCCUGCAGACCAUCUACAAGAAACUAACAGGCUCCAGAUUCGAUUGUCCCCGCUACGGCACCCACUGGGAAGAGCUGGGCUUUCAAGGUAUGGAUCCUGGGACAGACCUGCGUGGGACUGGAUUGCUCGGGUUAAUGCAAAUUCUGUAUUUUGUAAUGGACUCUCGGACAUUACCCCUAGCUCGAGACGUUUUCAAGCUGUCCCAGCAUGAAUCACAGAAUUUCCCUUUCUGUGUCAUGUCUAUAAAUAUCACUCGCAUCGUGAUCCAGGCCCUGAGGGAAGAACAUCUUUCUCGAGAGUGUAACCGCAGACAGCAGGUCAUUGCAGUGCUGAAUGAUUUGUAUGUGGCCACCUCCCUGCGCCUCUACGUCAUCUGGAAAACACAACAGAAAACAAUUUCUGACUCUGGCUUCGUUCUGAAAGAACUGGAGGCAUUUGCCAAAAAGAAACCGAAGCAGCUUCUGAGAUAUUUGGAGAUCUACAUGAGUGGGAGAGCUGUGUCAGUAAUAGAUGGUGGUUUUCAACACCCUUCUUCCUCCUCCGGUGUACACAGUCCUGACCUCAACUCUGCCGUCGGCAACAGCAGCAAAGAGAUAAACUUCACGGGAGUGUGCGACCCACAGGUUGAGAUGGAAGGAGAGGCCCGGCUGAUCUGAAACCAAGGCAACACCGCUGGCUGGGAAGAUUCUUCCUUGCGCUUAUUGCUGCAUGAAAGACCCACAAGAGGGGACCCUGGCGGUGUUCAGGGGAGCUGCGACAUGGACCUGCCGCAGAGAAUGCAACCCAAAAAGACCUCUCCCAGUUGUAUGCACCCCGACACUACCAUUGUCUGACGGCAGUGGAGUUGUUGGUGCCCUGUGAAAGACGGGGAGCCCAAUUCAGCUCUGUCACACCAGUGUAAAUCCGGAGUGACUCUGCUGACAUUAGGGCUGUUACUCUGGAGAGAGAGGGAUGUGGCCUCUUCCUGUCCCAAAAUAAUCAUCCUCUCAGCCACCAUGUGCUGCUGGGAGGGAUUUAAAACUUGGUGUCUUUAGGGAACUGUCAUGCCCCAGGAAACACAAGGCCAGUUGCAUCAACAGCACCUAGACGCAUCAACUGAAGCAGGACAGCAGCUGAGCGGCUCCCACCAAGCCUCCUUUGGGAAGGACCUGCCUCUACCCCACGAGCGCACUCUGCUCCCUUCUCUCAGCUCCACGUCCUCCUGGUGUCCUGGAGCAGGGAAGAGCCGUUCUCUCCAGGAGCUGGACAUGUCGCUUCCCCUCUCCCGGGAGCGGAGAGGGACACGAGGAAGAGGAGAGCACAGAAGGAGAGGGAGCUCGCUGCUCAGUCCACGGC